GUCUAUGGGAGUUUAAGGUAGAUUUUCUAUUGGCUGUAAACAUUAAGGGGAGGAGAGAGGAGAGGUGAAGCCACUAUAAGGUCAAGAAGGAUCCAGGUUGAAGUAAAAAGCCUAAGAAAGACAACCAGCUCCAGUCUCCACAAAGCUGAACCAGGACAUUAAUUAAAUUUUUUACUUAACAAAUCUAUUUUUACUACUUUUAUUUUUGUUACUACCCUAAAGCAAUGACUGCAAAAACGAGACAACUGCACUGGUCAGAUGGGAAAUUUCGGGAAAGACUGGAGGAUUUUACUCUUUCUGAACACCCGAGGCUGACCCGCAGUGACCCGCGGGCGUGGAUGACCUCUGCGACCCCCGCGUACCCAUCCACAGGUGAGCACUACGCUCGCACGUCAGUGGAUGUCGCCAUGGACGCGUACAUCUCCGGAUCCAACAGUCCUCUAACAGCGCAAUCCGAAUUGGAAAAAAACAAACAAAAUCUCACCGGUCCUCAAAAACACAGACGCGUGGCUGCCAAUGCCAGGGAACGGCGCAGGAUGCACGGACUAAACCGAGCUUUUGACAAACUGAGGAGCGUCAUUCCCUCCCUAGAGAACGAGAAGAAACUGUCGAAAUAUGACACACUCCAGAUGGCGCAGAUAUACAUCACAGAGUUGUCCGAGUUGCUGCAAGGUGUUGUGCAGUCCGAAUGCAUAAGUUUGAGGGAUGGAUGCUGCGCAUCCGGUAACCACGGUAACCAGAGGAGUUCGUCUGCAAUGAGGACCAGCGCAUCUUACGCAGUGGACGCAACAUCGCCAAACUUUGUUUCGGAUAAAAGCGACGUGACCUCAUCAUCUCACGCCAGCGACGGGGAAUCGUCUCAUUUCAGUGACAUUGAAGAGGGGCAGACCGCUGGACGCUAAUGGAUCGGGACUGUAACACUAAGACCAUUAAUAAUCUUAAUUUAUUUGUCUGUGUUUUAGUAGACACUAAAAGAACCAAAUAGAUAGACACUAUUGGUUAGUUUUUCUAGAUAUUGAUUAGGCUACGCUUAACAUUUAUGAAAGCUUACAAAAAGGGAAAGAAAAUUGUACACGCCCUUUAGUUGCACUUUAUUGACAGAUCCUUGCCUAACUUUGGAUUUUUUCAUAUCAUAUGUCCAUUAAUAACAGACUGUGCUAUUUA